GUAACCAACCAUCUUUCAUUUAGGCCUUCAAAUUGAGGCCAUCGUACAAAAAAAAAAAACCGCAAAUAAUUAUCCAAACAAACCUUGUUGUGUGUUCUAGUCCUCCUCCACCUGCUUCCUUCACAGUCGCCUUCUUUCCUCACUCUUUCUCCGUCUUUAUUUGAAGAAACUCGGCUAUGGAGAUCCGAAAUCUCUGAUUUUCGCUAAUCUCUGAACUCCAUCUUUUUACCGGGUUUUCCCCCCAGCGGCAGGAAUAAUUGACAUCGGAUAUUUGAGUUUGAGUGAAAUGGGUCCCUUUUAAUUUGAUUGAAAAGGAGAAGUUGACCUUUGUUUGCUUGAACUUUAUAAUGAUAUUAAGGAACACCAAAAAUGAUGCUUAGUUUCGAAGUCUUUUCUUUUUAGCUUUUCUAUGACGCCUUUUUCUUUUAAUUUCUUUUCUUUUUUUCACCUUUGUAAAGGAAAGGUAGUAAUCUUUGAUGGAGGAUUGUGAUAGCCGACGCUGGGAUGAGCUAUUCCCUGAUGCACUGGGUCUUAUUUUUAAGAAUUUGUCACUCCAAGAGAUACUACUUGUAAUUCCAAGGGUUUGCAAGUCAUGGAGAAAAACAGUGUUGGGGCCUUACUGCUGGCAGGAGAUAGACAUUAUGGAUUGGAGCUUACUUCGGGAUCCCGAUAGCGUCAAUAAAAUGCUUCAGUUGUUGAUUUCAAGGAGCUCUGGUUACCUUUCCAAGCUCUGCAUUAGUUGUCUCCCUAAUGACUCUAGUUUGUCCCUGAUUGCAGAACAUGGUAAAGCUCUUCAUACUUUACGGGUACCAAGAAGCGAAAUAACAAAUUCAAUCGUAGAACAGGUUGCUGAGAGGCUUUCUGCUGUAACUUUUUUGGAUUUAAGCUUUUGUAAAAACAUCGGGGCACCAGCCCUUGAGGCGAUUGGGAAGCAUUGUGCGAAUCUUACAGGGUUGCGUAGAGUUAUGUGCCCUUUUGAAGCUAUUGACAGGUCUUCUCAAGAUGAUGAGGCUCUUGCAGUUGCAUCGACAAUGCAUAAGCUCAAGCAGCUCGAGAUAGCCUAUUUGCUCAUAAAUACGGAAUCAGUGCUGAAAAUCCUCGAGAACUGCCCAGAGCUUGAGUAUUUAGAUGUGCAAGGGUGUUGGAAUGUGAUACUAGAUGAAAAGUUCAAGAAGUUUUCGAAAGUGAAGUUGGUCGGUCCAUUGGAAGAGUUUUCAGAGACGAUCAGAUGGGAUGGUUGCUCAGAUUCUUCUGGCUACUUGACUUGGGAUUUUGUGGUUGAUGAAAUAGAUGAUCAAUUUCAAAUGCUGGAGUUUUGGGGAGAAGAUUACAGAAGUGUGGAUGAUGAGGAGCAUUCUUUUGAGGAGCAUGUUUAUCCUGAUUGGCUUGAUGGGUCUCCUUGAAUCUUGCUCCUACCUCUGUCUUUGGCUACCAUACCAUUUCAAUGUGAAAUCUGAGAGAAAUGGUGAGCCUUUGAUUUCACUUAAGUUAACCAAAUAAUAGAGCCCUUGAAAUUUGGUAAGCUUUAUGGGUUGGUUAAUCUAUCCAUUGAUGAUGCUUUCUCAUA